AUGACUGUGACACGAAUCAACUUUUGCAUGUAGUAGUCAAGGCAGUAUUCAUGUGUUGAUUUAUUGUGAAAAAUCGUCAAUUGCUGAGUGGAAACGAGUCAGGUAAAAAUUUAGGCAACAAUGUCGACAUCUGGAGACUUCGGAAACCCUUUAAGAAAAUUUAAAUUAGUUUUCUUAGGCGAACAAAGCGUCGGGAAAACAUCCCUAAUUACAAGAUUUAUGUAUGACAGCUUUGACAACACGUAUCAGGCAACUAUAGGAAUUGACUUUUUGUCCAAAACGAUGUAUCUGGAAGAUAGGACAGUUAGAUUACAGUUGUGGGAUACUGCUGGACAAGAACGAUUUAGGUCACUAAUUCCGUCAUAUAUUCGGGAUUCUACUGUCGCUGUUGUAGUUUAUGAUAUUACAAAUGCCAAUUCUUUUCAUCAAACUUCAAAAUGGAUUGAUGAUGUAAGAACUGAGAGAGGUAGUGAUGUUAUAAUAAUGCUUGUUGGCAAUAAAACUGACUUAUCAGAUAAACGACAAGUCAACACAGAGGAGGGUGAACGUAAAGCAAAGGAAUUAAAUGUGAUGUUCAUAGAAACCAGUGCUAAAGCUGGCUACAAUGUAAAACAGUUGUUCAGACGCGUUGCCGCGGCCUUGCCUGGGAUGGAUUCUACAGAGAACAAGCCCCCAGAAGACAUGCAAGAGGUGGUCCUAAAGGACACUCCAAACGAAGUCAAAGAUCCAGAUGGAGGCUGUGCAUGUUGAUCUCUUUAGGUUAUACUUCUCUGACCUACAUUGCUUUGAUUUGUAUAUGUUUGUAGAAACCUUUCCCACCUUAAUAUUUUUGUAAAAUGUUUGCCUUUUAUGUUUUAAGUAAUUUAUUAUAGGUAUUUAACUCCCAGUAAGAAUUUACAAACCUGCUUACCCUUUAAUUUUUAUUUAACUGCUGAUAAAAGCAAUAACACUGAUUUUGUGCAAUAAUUUAGAGAUUGACAGGCAAAUUUUGUCAUUUCUGUACCAAAUGUGCUAUGAAGCUACAUGGACAUUAUUGCUCAACUCUUACAUUUUUUCAUUGUUAAUUAUAUUAUGUUGUUUACUUUGCAUUUACCUAUAAACUGUUUUUAGAAUUUAAUUAAUUAUUUUGUUGUAAACCAUUUACACCAAUUUUUAUAUAUUAUAUAUUGUGCUAUUCAAAAGUAUAUUGUAUGGAAGUAAUUUAGUUUCUAUCAGGUUUUUUUUUAACCUUUUAUCUGCUACAAAGUGCUCUUAUAAAAUAAACAAUUACCAGCUUUUUUAAACAUAAUCCACAAGCCAAAAAAAUGGUUCCAAUAAUUGAAUAAAAACUCGACAACACUAAUUCAUAUUUAUCUUGUAAGGAACAGAUUAUUUUCCUUAGAACUUUUUCAGCUGUCGAUUUGCAAACUCAGCCGCAACUGCAAAGCGACCAGCAAGACUCAGAAGGUGGUUGCAUGUGUUAAAACCAUUAUGGACCCAUCGAAUUUUAGAUUAAACGCGCUAAAACAUGUUUUAGUUCACAAAACAAAAGUAGACUAUGCCUAAGUUAUGUAUAAAUUAAAUCGCUAUAGGUGUGACAUUUUCUGAGCGCAAUGUGCACUUUUUAUGAGGCAAGCGACACCUUCUAAAAUACUUCGCGUGAUCAUGAUUUAAUUUUUAUACGUCUCUAUCAUUUGUACACCACUUGCUUGUUAAAUUUAUAGAAAUAAACAAAUUUGGU